AGGGAACGUGACGCAGGUCGAGGGCGUGCUGUUCGAGGUGGGGGAUCUCCCCUGCAAUCUAGCCCCGCCUGGCCCCGCUGAUGCACCGCAUCUCAUCCUCUGGUAUCGGGACGAUUCCCUGGAGCCCAUUUACAGCUAUGACGCUAGAGGAGUGGAAUUCGGAACCGGGACCCCGUGGACGAUAGACCGGAGGCUGAGUUUCCACGCGAUCGAGGGAGAGCCACGGGGACAUCUGCUCGUCCAUCAGCUGCUGGAGAGCGACGCUGGGGUGUAUCGAUGCAGGGUCGACUAUCGACGGGCUCCGGCCGAGGAUUUCUUCCUCAAUCUCACGGUUGUCGUGCCCCCGUCGAAGCCGGUGAUCGUGGAUGGGGAGAACGGGAAGAUCAUCACGUCGGUGGCCGGUCCCCUGGAGGAAGGGAACAGCUUGAAACUGUCCUGCAUCGUGUCAAACGGAAGUCCUCCGCCGGGAGUGGUGUGGCUGCAGGAUGGUCUCGUGAUAGACGACACCUAUACCCUGUCUCCAGGACGAACCGUGAUUAAUAAUUUAACCGUGACAGACUUGAAAAGGAGCGACCUCCAUGCCACAUUUUCCUGCCAGGCUUCCAACACUAAUCUCUCUACGCCUGUCAGCACUCACAUUACCCUCGACAUGAACCUUCCCCCGACGUGGAUUCGGAUCCUGGGAGAUGAGCAGCCCUUAUCGGCUGGAAGGCAGGAGAAGAUCCUGUGCAAAGUGGCGGGUUCCCGGCCUCCACCGUCCAUUUCGUGGUGGCUGGGCGCGCAGUGGCUCCAGGGAUCCAACGAAGUGCAUUCCGAAGAUGGGAAUGUGACCACGAGUGUCCUUCUUCUCACGCCCACCGUGGCCGACAACGGGAAAUAUCUCAGCUGUCACGCAGAUAACAGAUUGGCCAAGGGAUCGUCGCUGGAGGCAGGGAGGAGGCUCCUGGUUCACUAUAAGCCGAUUGUGAUGCUGAAAUAUGGUCGAAGCAUCAUCGAAGAGAACAUCUCGGUGGGGAAGGACGUCUAUUUCGAGUGCAGCGUCGAAGCAAAUCCGAUAGCCUACCACGUGGACUGGAAACACAAUAAUGCGAGCCUCAUGCCCCAUAAAAGGGGCGGUGUGAUCGUCGGGAACCAGACCCUCGUCCUUCAAGGGGUCAACAGAUCGUCGGCUGGAAUUUACACUUGUUCGGCGACGAACGGCGAAGGCACUGGCUACAGUGCUGCUCUACCUCUUCGCAUCCAGUAUCCGCCAGAAUGCGGGGGUCGGGGAUCCAAGGUCCUCUGGGUCUCCUUGAAGGAACUGGCGAAGGUGGAAUGCCGCGUCGAAGCCGAUCCGCCUCCGGAUGCCUUUCACUGGAAAUUCAACAAUUCCGCCGAGACGAUCUUGGUCCCCGAGUCCCAGUUCACCGAGUCCGGAUGGACGAGCAUGCUGGAAUUCACGCCGUUGACCGAGUUCGACUAUGGGACUCUGCAGUGCUGGGCCGAGAAUAGUGUCGGGCGUCAGGCCUCUCCCUGCAUGUUCCACAUCGUUAAGGCCGAGCAUCCGGAUCCAGUCACGAACUGCAGCAGCAAACUGGAAGACCGGUUUUCAGUGACCAUCAAGUGCGCACCCGGUGGCGACGGUGGGUUAGUGCAAGUGUUCCAUAUGGAGGCAUACGUGAUGCCCGCGAGGACGUUGUUGGUGAAUCGCUCCGCGGAAACGCCCAACUUCACCGUGAAGGGCCUACAGCACGACGUGGAAUACCGAUUCGUUCUCUAUGCCAGCAAUCCCAAGGGGUUCAGCGAUAAUAUCUCCAUGGACGUGUUUAUGGGCGAGAAGGCCCUUGCCGGCACCUCCUUUUUUUCAUAUGCAACGUCAGCAUAUCAUUAG